AUGAAAAACAAAAAGAAAUUGCGAUGCCUCGCUGCAAUUCUUCUCACGGUUAUGCUGUUUGUGGUGGCUGAGACUGAUACCGAUGCGCUUGAAGUUUCGGCUCUUCAAGAUCUCUACAAGUCCCUGAACAAUCCACAGCAACUGAGAGGAUGGAGAUCAGAAGGAGGAGAUCCAUGCGGAGAAGCCUGGAUGGGAAUUUCGUGUUCUGGAUCGUCCAUAGUAGAACUACAACUACGAGGGUUAAAGCUUUUGGGUAGUCUUGGAAACCAGCUUCAACAUCUCCACAAUUUGAAGAACCUAGAUGUUAGCUUCAAUAACCUUCAAGGUGAAAUUCCAUUUGGCUUGCCUCCAAAUGCUACCCACAUAAACAUGGCUUAUAACAAUCUGACCCAGAGUCUCCCAUUUUCCUUACCUCUUAUGACACCUCUUCUGUCCCUGAAUUUGAGCCAUAACUCACUUUCUGGACCGCUUGGAAAUGUAUUUUCUGGGUUACAGAUUAAAGAAAUGGAUCUAUCUUUCAAUAAUUUGACGGGAGAUCUACCGAGCUCUUUUGGAUCUCUAAUGAACCUGACUUCACUGUUCCUCCAGAACAACAAAUUUACAGGAUCAAUCAUCUAUCUCGCGGAUCUUCCUUUAGCUGACCUGAAUAUCGAAGAUAACCAGUUCAGUGGUAUUAUCCCAAGUCAUUUUCAGUCCAUUCCUCAUCUGUGGAUUUGGGGAAACAAGUUCCACGUAGAACCCAACUAUAAACCAUGGAAGUUCCCUUUGGACGUCAUACCAAUGAUUCAAAAUGCUACUGGCUAUCCAACUACUCAGUCGAGUGCCAUUAUGAACUUUCCCAGAGCUCAGAAGGUCAGAAAGAAGAAGAAAGGCAUAGGAGCAGGGAGUACUGUUUUACUGGUUGGCGGUUUGGCUUUGCUGGGAACUUUCUUUGCACUUUUCACAGUCAGAAUGAGUCAACGACGUGCACAAAACCUUGCUGCUAGUCACAGAAGCAACAAUAGCACAGCGUACUCUCUUCCAGUCAGUACAGGCCGAGAAUUUCCUGUUGCAACUGAAGAUAGCCCACAGAUGAAAAGGGUCCGGCCACCGCCAGUUCCCCAGCUGAGACAUAUACCACCUCCACCUGUCAGAAUCGAUAAAACAGCAAGACGAAACAGUUUCUCUGCUACAUGCCAAUAUCCAGCAUAUGCGAAGCUUUUCUCAGCUGCAGAGCUUCAAUUGGCAACAAACAAUUUCAGUGAGGAAAACCUACUCGGAGAGGGUCCUCUUGGUUCUGUUUACAGAGCCAAGUUGCCUGAUGGCCAAUUUGCCGCGGUGAGAAACAUCCCAAUGUCUUCACUCUCUUUACAUGAAGAGGAGAAAUUUACUGAAGUGCUUCAGACAGCUUCCAAAUUAAGACAUCCAAACAUUGUGACACUUCUCGGUUUCUGCAUUGAUAAUGGGCAGCAUCUUCUUGUCUAUGAGUAUGUUGGGCAUUUGUCGUUGUACAAUGCUAUGCAUGAUGAGGUAUACAAGCCACUUUCUUGGGGCUUGCGUCUCCGCAUUGCUAUCGGAGUUGCCCGAGCUCUGGACUAUUUGCACUCGUCGUUUUGCCCUCCUAUUGCCCAUAGCGAUCUGAAAGCAACAAAUAUCUUACUAGACGAAGAACUGACACCUCGUAUUGCUGACUGUGGGCUUGCUAGUUUAAGGCCACUUACAAGCAACAGUGUAAAACUUCGGGCUUCGGAGAUAGCGAUACAGAACACUGGCUACAUAGCACCAGAACAUGGACAAUCAGGAAGUAGUGGCACAAAGAGCGACACUUAUGCACUGGGAGUGCUACUCUUGGAACUGUUAACCGGAAGGAAAGCGUUUGACAGCUCACGACCCCAAGGAGAACAGCUACUGGUGAAAUGGGCAUCAACCAGACUUCAUGACAGGCGGAGCCUAGAACAGAUGAUUGAUGGAGGCAUAGCCGGCACAUUCUCCUCAAGAGUUGCCUCACAAUACGCAGACAUUAUCUCCCUAUGCACUCAGGUAGAGAAGGAGUUUAGACCAGCGGUUUCAGAAAUAGUUGAAGCACUCACUGCACUAAUACAGAAACAGAACAAGGAAGCAAGCAGUGUAGCAGACAAGACCGAGGUUGACCCUUUUAGUAAAUCUUUCUGCUCAACACGCACACGCUUCAUCUCCUCACCCACCUUCAGCCACCCUUCCACUUGA